AGAUGGCUGUGCUGGAAGACAAUGGAGUUUACGUAUUUGCCACAAUUGGAGUGAUUAGUAUAUUUUUUUUAUUUUUUGAUACAAUUUAUACGUUGCUGCAACUCAUUCACGGCAUAUUAGCUCCGUAUUUUGCUCCGAAAGAAGUUCCGCCUUUUAAUGAAAAAUUUGGACCUUGGGCUCUAAUCACCGGAGCGACAGAUGGAAUCGGAAAGGCCUACUCGAAAGAAUUGGCGAAUCGCGGUUUGAACAUCGUGCUUGUUAGCAGAAGUGAACCAAAGUUACAGGUUACCGCUAAAGAAAUCGAGUCCCAAUACAAGGUCAAAGUAAAAAUAAUCACUGCGGAUUUCUCAAACGUCCCAAAAGCGAUCGAAGCAGUCAAACGUGAAUUGGGCGAGUUGCCUAUAGGAAUUUUAGUAAAUAAUGUAGGGAAACAGUAUACUUAUCCCACGUACCUCGGUGAGGUUCCAGAGCAGGAGUUAUGGGAUAUUAUUAAUAUUAAUAUUGGGGCCGUUACUUUGAUGACACGCUUUCUUGUAACACGAAUGCAAAGUCAGGGGCGAGGAGCUAUAGUCAACAUUUCAUCUGGGGCGGAAUGUCAACCCAUGCCACUUAUGAAUGUCUACGCAGCUACUAAGGUGUACGUGAAGCAUUUCACGGCAGCUCUGCGUGAGGAAUAUGCAAGUUAUGGCAUUACUGUCCAACACCUUUCUCCAUAUUUUGUAAAUACGAAAAUGAACGAUUUCAGUGAUAGAUUACGGGAAACUUCACUUCUGGUGCCAGACGCUUCUACUUAUGUUAAGUACGCCGUAUACACACUAGGAAAAAUUAAUGAUUCAACUGGAUACUGGGCGCACGGAAUUCAGUAUUUUUUCACCAUGAUACCUCCCAUGUGGAUCCGAAUGAAGAUAGCGAAUCAUCUGAAUCAAACUUUCCGGCAAGACUACCUUCGCCAAUGUCAGGAAAACGAUAACUAUCCAGACAACAAAACCCAAAUAUUAGAGAGUCGUUAAAAUAAAUAUAAUUUUCCUUUAUUUUUGUAUUGUUAUAAAUGUUUACGUUAUUAUGGAAUACGAAUAACACCAACACUG